AUGAAGUACACCGGCAUCGCUGCUAUGGGAAUGAUGGGCUGCGCCCUCGCCCUGCCCCAGGGUCCUCCUCCCUUCAUUGGCGAGCUGCCCCAGGGCCCCCCUCCUUUCUCCGGCGCCCCCAGUGACGCGCCCACCCCAUCCAGCGCCUUCCCCAGCGGUACUCCCAGCGGCGCUCCCACCGGUAUUCCCACGGACUUCCCCAUCGACAAGCGCCAGUUCCCCGAUGGCCCUCCUCCUAGCGGCUUCCCAACUCCCACUGGUCCUCCUCCCUCGGGCUUCCCCAGUGGCAUUCCCAGUGGCUUCCCCAGCGGCUUCCCCGCACCCACUGGUCUCCCCUUCGAGAAGCGCGAGUUCCACAACGGACCCGACCACCAGGGCCCUCCCUUCGAUGGUCCUCAGAGUGGCUUCCCAACUCCCACUGGUCCUCCUCCCUCGGGAUUCCCUAGUGGCUUCCCCAGUGGCUUCCCCAGUGGCAUUCCCAGUGGUUUCCCCACUGAGUCCCCCAGUGGCUUCCCUAGCGGCUUCCCCGCGCCCACUGGUCUCCCCUUCCAGAAGCGCGAGUUCCCCAACGGACCCGACCACCAGGGCCCUCCCUUCGAUGGUCCUCCUCAGAGCGGCUUCCCAACUCCCACUGGUCCUCCUCCCUCGGGAUUCCCCAGUGGCUUCCCCAGUGGCGUUCCCAGUGGCAUUCCCAGUGGAUUCCCCAGCGGAUUCCCCAGCGGAUUUGAGAAGCGCCAGAUCCCCACGGACCUCCCCUUCCCCAUCCCCAGUGGAAUCCUGGAUGCCUUCCCCUCCGGGUUCCCUACCGACCUGCCCUCCUCCAUUCCCUUCGAGAAGCUCCAGGGGUUCCCCACUGGCUUCCCCACUCCCACUGGACCUCCUCCCACCCCCUCCCCUCAGUAA